AUGCAGCAACGUCGAGAUGAGAUUCUUGCCAAGAAGGCGAAGCUCGCAGAGCUUAAGCGCCAGAGGGAGCUUCGGGCGACCAGCCAGACGCCGUACAAUCGCACUGGCAUGAGCUCGCCCAGCGAGCUAGUAUCACCGACACCACGAGGAGAUAGCCGCCGCGAGAUCGAAACCCUCAUUGACAGCUUGGUCGGUAGUAGCAGGCCCAGCUCGAUUGGGACGGGACCCCCUGGAUCGCCUGCGCAUCGUGGAAGCAGGCCGAAUAGUGUACUCAGUGGCGGUGAAAUCAGCAAUGUGACUUCCGAAUGGACGGCUUCCUUGACUGGACAAGGCGGACAAGCUACACCAGGCCCUACACCUGUGACGCUGAGCCUUACGACAGUUCCCCUGACAACCGUUUACGAAUGCCCGCCGAGUCCUGUUAAGGAAGUCUUUUCCUACAGCAAAGAUGACUUCAUGAGUCCGACUUCAACGGCAAACAAGAGGCUAAGCAGGAAGGAGCGUGACCGAGAGGAGGAACUGCGCCAAAAGAUUAGAUUCGAGGUGGAGGAAGAGCUGCGAGCAACCAAAGAGCUUUUGGCCGAGGGUGGUACCGCGGCACAAAACUUUUCCUCGACCAACUAUCCUAUUAGAGAACUUACUGCCGAAGAACUGGAAGCCGUCACUCACUCAGACGAAUUUGUAGAUUUCCUAGAGCAGUCGACAAAAGUUAUUGAAAGAGCCUUGGACCAAGAGACAUACGAUAUUCUUACCGACUAUGCCCUACAUGGCAAGGACCUCGAAGACAAGGAUGAAGAAAGCGGCAACACGGGAGGAAAAGGAGGGCAUAGAGUCAAGGAGGUGGUGCAAUUCUUCGAUGAUCGUUGGUCUAAAAAGCGAAUGAUUAGCGGGAUAGAUUUCUCACCCAAGUUCAAUGAACUGGUGCUCGCAUCCUAUACCAAGAAUCCGACAGCACCCCACGAGCCGGAUGGGCUUGUCCAGUCCGACAUCCUCACCGCAAAAUUCUCACCCUACCACCCAAAUCUCAUCAUUGGCGGCUCCUACAGCGGCCAAGUCUUGCUAUGGGAUACUCGAGCAAAAUCUGCACCGGUCCAGAAGACGCCGUUGACGGGCUACGGCCAUGCCCACCCAAUCUACUCAGUGGACAUUGUGGGCACGCAAAAUGCCAACAAUAUUAUAUCAUGUUCUACAGAUGGCGUUGUCUGCGGCUGGAGCAUGGAUGUGUUUGCGCAGCCCCAAGAGCUGCUCGAGUUGAAGAACCCCAGCCAAGCCAAGGUAGCGGUUGAGGACGUCAGCCCUACAUCUCUAUCGUUCCCCCAGACGGACCCGACAUUCUUUCUCGUUGGAAGCGAAGAGGGAACAAUAUUCCCCUGCCACAGAUAUGACCGCGCUGGUGCCAAGGCCGGUGUCGACAAGAAGAUUAGCUACAAGGGGCAUGCGGCACCUGUCAUGUCGGUUGACUUCCAUCCAGCCAGGGGCCCUGUGGAUCUCGGCGACUUGGCCAUUUCAUCCUCUCUUGACUGGAGCGUCAAACUCUGGAAGAUUCGCGCCCCCGCGGCCACGUCGACGAUUGGUGCUGGAGAUGGUGCUAUUUCGCCACUGAUCGAUUUUGUCCGCGAGGACGUUGUCUACGACGCAAGAUGGUCGCCCGUGAAGCCCAGUGUCUUUGCCCUCGUAGAUGGAGCUGGCUGGCUGGAAUUCUGGGACAUUGCUAUAGACACGGAGGAGCCGGUGUCGAGAAUCACACCGAGCAGCCGACAAGAUGGAAGGACAAUGCUAUCCAGGAGCUUGAACAAGCUGGCUUGGGAGCCCAACGAUGGCAAACGCAUCGCAACCGGUGGCAUCGACGGUUCUCUUACCGUCUUCGAAGUGGCUAGUGGCUUGGGCGGCAAGGAAGGACUCAAGAAUGAGGAAUGGGCAAAUGUGAAGAAGCUUGUCAACCGGGUGGAAGCCGUGGGCAUGAAUGGGGCGAUGAUGGUUUAG